CUUUCUUUCUUUCUAUUCCGAUUCCUUAACACGCAAACCGCCGUCUCAUCUCUCUCUCUUCGAUUCUCUUCUGCCUUUCAUAAAAAAUUUGGUUUCUUUUUCGCUUUGACAUUUUCACACCUACCCUCAGUUUCACACCACCCCACCAUAUAAAACCCUUCCCCUUUCUCUCCCCCCAAUUCUUUUCGAUCCCUCACUUUCCUUUCUCUUCGCGCAUUUCCUCGAUCUUUCGUCUUCUUUCGACCAACCAAACUGGUUGAAACGCCGUAUAUAUCGAGCACGUAGAUAUGGAGGGUCAUCAUCCUCCUCAUCACCAUCCUCAUCAGUUGCACCCCCAGGUUUCGCAUCUCCAGUAUGGCGGCGCCGUGAGUGUAGACGCUAGCGUCGGCGGCGGGAGUGGGGUGGGUGAUAGGUUUCCUCAAUGGAGUAUUCAAGAAACGAGGGAUUUCUUGAUCAUCCGGGCCGAGCUGGAUCCGACCUUCAUGCAGACCAAACGUAAUAAGCUCCUCUGGGAGAUCAUCGCCUCCAAGAUGAAGGAAAAGGGUUACAAUCGAAGCGCCGAGCAGUGCAAGUGCAAGUGGAAAAACCUCGUCACUCGUUACAAGGGAUGUGAAACGAUGGAGCCGGAAGGGAUGAGACAGCAGUUUCCAUAUUACAACGAGCUGCAAACGAUAUUCAAUGCAAGGAUGCAAAGAAUGCUGUGGAUGGAGGCGGAGGGCGGGAGCAGCACGGGCGGGUCGAAGAAGAAGGCGGCAAUGGCGCUGUCGUCGGACGAGGAGGAGGAGAACGAGGAGAGCGAGGGGGAGGCGAAGAGCGGGCGGAAGAAGAGGAAGGUGAAAGGCGGCGGAGGGAGUGGGAGCGGCGUAGCGAAUAGUUUGAGGGAGAUUUUGGAGGAAUUUAUGAAGCAGCAGAUGCAAAUGGAGGCGCAGUGGAUGAAGGCGGUGGAGGCGCGGGAGGAGGAGCGGCGGGUAAAGGAGAUGGAGUGGCGGCGGACGAUGGAGGCGCUGGAGAACGAGCGGGUGAUGAUGGAGAGGCGGUGGAGGGAGAGGGAGGAGCAGAGGAGGGCGAGGGAGGAGGCCAGGGCGGAGAAGAGAGAUACGCUCAUCACCGCGCUCUUGAAUAAGCUUCGAAGAGAAGACUUAUAGGGGUUUUCAUCCAUGGCGGAACCAAAAAGGGGCAUUAGAUUGCGGCGGCAAUUCAUCGGAGAAGAAAAGGCUUAGCCUUUCAGAGGUUUGUCUCCAAACUCUUCAACAUUUGAUCAAGGAAAGUGUUCCUUUGUUUUUCAUGUGUCGCCUUUCUCAUCUAACAUUAAACAGAUCGAACGAACUCAUCAUGUUCUUCUAUACUAUGUCCUUCAAGACUUGUCUUGCAUUGCAAGUUAGCUUAUUAGACUAAAAAUUAAUCAAAAUUUCCUUUCCCCUUAUCUUUAUAUAUUCAAAAUUGCUGUAUUAUCAAUUUAUUAUCUUCAAAUAAAUUUUGGGUAUUUAUUUA